AUGAACAGAAAAUCAGUCCAUGGGAAGAGUAACAAGCCUACAUCUUCAUCAAUGAUGCCACCGACACCACCACCAUCACCUAUUCCAUCAUUGUCUCCAAUUCCCUCCUAUUCAUCGAAUUUACAAUACUGCAAUUUCUCAGACCAGUCCAUGGCAACACCGUGGGGGACUCACGAUAUAGCUUCCAGUGUUAUUCCUCACAUCCCUUCUCAUGGAAGUCAAUCGUUGUCUGGACAUCACCCACUAUACUCGUCACAGUUUCAGCAGCUUAAUAUGCCAUCACCUCCAUCUGAGAUUUACACACAUCAAUACAAUCAAUCACCUCUGGUACAUCAAAGGGCUGUACGGAUUCCACAAACUUUCGUCACAGGGCAGAACGCAUAUGUCUACCAAGCUCACGUACCACAAUCGGUUCAGUAUCCUCAGGCUUCUCAAGGCCGUCUUCAAGGCUGUCUUCAACCCCCACAGCAAUUCUAUCCAAGACCUCAACAGCCACAAGAAACACCAAUCUUCGUCCAUGCACCCGUACCUCCUCAACAGAAUAUUUAUAUUCAGCAACCGACUCAACAAAUCAUACCUCAGUAUCAGCCCUUCCAAGAUGCCGCUCAACGAAAUCCACAAGCAUCCCCACAAGUACUCCUGACAGGUCAGCAGUAUAUGACGACGCAGAGAUACCCCGAAAUUAUCCAACAACAACCUUCACAGACGAAUUUCCAAUAUUACGCACCUUAA